AUGCAGGCUGCGCCGCGCCUCGCCUUCGGGGUCAUCGCUGACAUCCAGUUCGCGGACGCGGAGGACGGGUACGAUUUCGGCGGCUGCCGGCGGCGCUACUACCGGCACAGCCUGCGCUUGCUGCGGGAGGCGGUGCGGGAGUGGGCGGGCGAGAGCCCGCCGAUAGACUUGGUGCUGCAGCUGGGCGAUAGCAUCGACGGGCAGAACGCCCGGCGCGGCGAGGCCGAGAGCGCCUUGCAGCAGGUGCUGGAGGUCCUGGGGCAGCUCUCGGUGCCGGUGCACCACACGUGGGGCAACCACGAGCUCUACAACUUCAGCCGGGCCCGGCUGGUGCACACCGGGCUGUACAGCCGGCCCGCGGGGGGCUCGGACGGGCCCCCGGACAGGGAGUGCCACGCGUAUCACUGCAGCCCGGCCCCGCGGCUCCGCCUGGUCGUGCUCGACAGCUACGACGCGAGCACCCUGGGCACGGACCCCGGCAGCCUCCGCUACCAGGAAUCCCUGCGGCUGCUGCGGGAGAAGAACCCCAACGAGGAUCUCAACAGCCCCGAAGGGCUCAAAGAACCUUAUUUUGUAGCAUUUAAUGGAGGAUUUAGCCAAGCCCAGCUGGACUGGUUUGAUGGAGUCCUCAAGUUCUCUGAUGAAAACCAGGAAAAAGUUAUAGUUAUGGCCCACGUGCCCAUCCAUCCCUGUGCUUCCAACGGGGUUUGCCUGGCCUGGAAUUACGAGGCUGCCCUGUCAGUGAUACAUGCACACAGGUGUGUGGUCUGUGUCCUCGCUGGGCACCUGCACGACGGCGCCUACUGCCUGGACUCUCACGGAGUUCAUCACCUCACCCUGGAGGGGCUCAUCGAGACGCCCCCCGACAGCAACGCUUUUGGAACUGUUCAUGUCUAUGAAGAUAAAAUGGUACUAAAGGGAAGGGGCAGAAUUCCUGACAGAGUUAUGCAGUUCUGAAAUACCGGGCAAAUAUUGAUUGUUCUUCUUCAGGAAGGACUUGGACAAAAAUGUAGAUUCAGCUGUUUGCUUUUAGAAAGCUGUGCAUGGCUGAUCCUUAUUGCUUUAGCUCAGGCGUUUUUCUCUUGGAUACAGAAUUUUAGAAAUUGUGUUUCUGUAAGAGAGCACCUGACUUCUUUUUGGAGAACAGAGAAGGCCAGUAAUUUAAAUAAAUAUACUGGAAUGGAGAAUGUUCAUUUCAAACACCCAAUCCAGACUGGAUUGCUGCUGUGAAAAGAUGCAAACCAUAUAAAGAAUAUUGCUCAAAAAAAGCCCUAAUGCUGUUCUCUCCGUGAGCAUUAAAGCAUGCAGAGUUGUACCUGCCC